AAAAACCCACACCACACUUCGUUCCCCUUGUCCCAAUUGCUCCUCCACUUCCCCCACCGCCCACCAGUGAUCUCGCCGCCGCGACGCGAGGCACCACGGCCGGCGCCGGCCGCCUUCCUCCAGAAAGUAUCCCCCGUGCGCCCGAAUCACCUCUUAAUUUCGUUCUUAGCCGCUGCGUUUCACAGAGGUCGCGACAUGCCCGCCUCGGCGGCUCCUCCUGCCCAGCCCGCGGCACCGCCCCCUCCUCCUCCUCCCGCUUCUCCUGCCCCUCCGGAGGAUGUGGAGGCGACUGCCGGUUCACCUUCGAGGGCUUCAGCAGUGGGGACGGUGAACUGGGGAACGGCCACCCUCGUUGGCGUCUUCGCUGGGCUGCUAUACGGGGGGAGCAGGGAGGCCUCCGCUUCCGUCAGUAAGGAUGCCGAGGUGAUGCUGAAGAUGGGAAGCACAACUGACAAGCGUGAACAGUAUAGAUUGAUGAGAGAUGCUAUGGAGAAAAGGUUCAUUCGGGUUGCCAAAGGUUCACUAGUCGGGGGUGUUCGGCUGGGGAUGUUUACUGCGACUUUCUUUGGCAUACAGAACCUUCUUAUCGAUACUCGUGGAGUACAUGAUGUAUUCAACAUUGCCGCUGCUGGCUCUGCUACUGCAGCUGCUUUUGGCCUUAUAUUGCCAGGGUCAAUGAUGUGGCGUGCAAGGAAUGUAUUGGUGGGAUCUGCUCUUGGUGCUGGCAUCUGCUAUCCACUUGGCUGGGUACAGUUAAAGCUGGCAGAAAAGGCCAAUCUUGAGAUUGCAAAUUCAAAACCAUCAUCCGAUUUGACAGAGGGAAAAGAAAAUCAAAGCCGUGUGGGUGCUGCUAUCGAACGACUUGAGGGUAGUCUGAAGAAGUGAGUGAAGCCUACGCAUCGAUGGCAUUUUUCUCGUUGUCUUGGUUCCAUAAAUGUAGCAGCUACAAGGACUGGGCUGCACUGACUAUUGCUUCUUUUCUCGCAUGUUAUGGACUUUUAUUUCGAGUUUGCAGUAGGUAUCGCCGUACCGCACUGGUAACUUGUAUCUUUCAAGUCACAAGUUAUUGAGUUCGCAGUUGCUAUUC